UGAACCUGCUUUACGGCAAAACGAACGAGAGCGUUGCAGAAAAUACCAGAGAGGGAGAACUAUUUUUCAACCUGCACUUUUAGUGUAUGUGAAGAGUGUUUAAAUUUGGUAAAUGAAUGUUUACUUAAACGGUGAAAAUGAUCGAGGUGGUUUGCAACGAUCGUCUUGGAAAGAAAGUCCGAGUCAAAUGCAACUCAGAGGAUACCAUCGGAGAUCUGAAGAAGCUCAUCGCAGCUCAGACAGGAACACGAUAUGACAAGAUCGUUUUGAAAAAAUGGUAUACCAUAUUUAAGGACCAUGUGACUCUAGGAGACUAUGAAAUCCACGAUGGGAUGAACCUGGAGUUGUACUACCAGUAGAUGAGAAGGACCACAAGUCAGAGAUGCUCAGACACAACUUCAUAGACACACAGCCAUGUUCAGCUGAAAGGGGGCGCCAUCCACCGGACAAAAACACACUGCUGUCAUAUUAGUCUCAGCAUAAGCAGUUAUUAUGGGAAAGUUAUGUUCUGGUCAAAAUCCAUUUCUUUUGAUAUUCUGUAAAUAAAUGCAGUGUGUUCACAAGACAAGUUGCUGGUGAUUGUUGCAGCUUUGAAAAAACAAUUUUUCUUUGAACAUAACCAUUUGGAUGAUUGUUUUGUGAUGCGGUGUUUUGUUAUGAUGUCAGCAAUCUCUGUGUUGAAAAUUAUUGGAAAAACAUGACUAAUUGAUAGGUGAUCAAGUAGUUUAAAGUCUGUGGAGAUGUAAUCAGCUGUUUCUCUGCAUUUUUCUGGACAUGUAAUUGAGUUUCUUUUCUUUAUCAAUCCAUUAUCUAAAAGGUUAAAACUAUCAAACAGGCAUAAUUUUGAUUCUUUUCUAGAUGUCUUCUGUUUUCUAUAUAAAAAAGUAUGUUUUUUCCAAAAA